GCUUCUCCUGGAGGAGGAGCUCACCCCGCAACGGGAAAGAAAACCACUCCCUCGGAAUCCCUCUUGGCUCUGUUUUCCAGGAUCGGUUUGGGUUGGGCCGUGGCAGCAUGGCAGAUCCAGUCACAGAGCAGAUCAGCGCUCGACCUGAUUGGCAGCGCGCUGGGAAAGACCCCGCGGAACUGCGAGAGACCGCCCAGCGCCUGGUGGAGGAUGCGGUGGGGAACAGGAUCCCCUUUGGGGCUCUCCACAAGGAACAGAAGACGAUCGUGAUCUUCGUGCGGCAUUUUUUAUGCUAUGUCUGUAAAGAAUAUGUGGAGGAUCUGGGCAAAAUUCCCAAGAAAUUUUUACAAGAUGCAAAUGUUAGGCUUGUGGUUAUUGGGCAAUCAGCACACCAUCAUAUUAAGCCGUUUUGUAAUCUGACAGGUUACCAUCAUGAAAUGUAUGUAGAUCCUGGAAGAGAAAUUUAUAGACUCCUUGGCAUGAAAAGAGGGGAAGCCUCCAACUCAGCAGUGCACAGCCCCCACGUUAAAUCCAAUUUGCUAUCAGGAAGCAUUAAAAGCAUGUGGAGAGCAAUGGCAAGCCCUGCAUUUGAUUUUCAGGGUGAUCCAGCUCAGCAGGGAGGCACUUUCAUUUUAGGACCAGGUAAUGAAAUACACUUUGUGUACCUUGACCAAAACAGGUUGGAUCAUGUUCCCAUUAAUACUGUUCUGCAGCUUGCUGGAGUUCAGACAGUAGAUUUUACCUGCAGAUCUCAGAUUAUUGAUGUAUGACUUUUCAGAAGAAAAAUCCGGCUGCCAAGAUAAGUGAUAUAUAUCAACAGUCCAUUGUGGUAAUUUACCCAUAAUGAGGUUACUGUGAAAUUAAUAAAAUAGAAAUAGCUCCAGAGUAGAUUAAUUUCUGCAGGCCAAAAAAAGGUCUUUAAACUUAAUAUUGUGCCCAAGGAUACAGUAACUCACUUAACAAGAAAACAGGCCAUUAAACCUUCUGCACAAAAUAA